AUGGAGCCCUUCUCUGCGUCAACGCUCUACGCGGAGAGCGAGUCGCAAGGCGGCCAGCACUUUCCGCGAAUUCAUUCGAUCAACAUGCUCAAACUCGAGUUCGCGCCGGCCGCCGGUGACAAGCUCGUGCUCAAGCUCUCUCCUCCGCCGCCGCUUGCUGACAAGCAGGCGUCUCUGGCGGACAACACGACCGUCAUCGACUCUGGCGGAGGCAACGCCGUCGGCAUCCCCUCCGAGCCCACCUCGCUCAAGGAUGGCAUCGACACCGGCACCGGCGGCACCGGCACCGCCAGCACCGGCACCGGCAACGUCCCGUCCGAGGGCGAGCCCGGCCCGCUCAAGGACGGCGUUGACGCGGGCGGCGGCAACGUCGCGGGCGAGUUGUCGCCGAUGAAGUCCUUCGCGAAGGUCGGAAUCGUGCCGGCUGACGACGGCCGCAUCACGCUCGUCAUCUCCGCGUCGGUGUCGCCGUCGCUCCUCGGAGCCAAGGCGUGCGCAAACGUCAAGGACAUCUCCGUGGCAAAGUCUGGCCCGGAGGGCGUCCUCAAGAAGGACCUGGCCGCGGAAAAGGCGCCUGACGCGGGCGCGGUCGACUCGGACAAGGCCAAGGCCAUGUUCGCCGCCCACGCGCCGAGCUCGCCCGCCGUUUUCUGGUCCAAGUUUACGCGCCCGACCGGCCCACCGACGGCCCCCACCGGCGCCGACGGCGCCCUCAAGAAGGACAUCCCUGCGGCAGAGUCUGGCGCGGAGGCCUGCGUUGACGAGACCGGCGCCAUCAAGAACCCGGCGCUCAAGCCAGUCACCAAGGGCGACGCCGACUGGAGCGUCUCGACCAAGGAGUUUCCAGAGGAGGAGCCCGCCCCGGCGGGCAUCGACGAGUGGAAGACCCCCUCCCCGUUCCGCAAGAUCGAGCGCAAGGGCGAGUCCAGCCUGGUCGACCGCUCCAAUACCACCAAGAACCUCACCCCGUUCGGCCGCGUCGACCCCAACGGGUUCGCGGCUCUGCUCGGAACGAACGCCGACAAGGAAGACCUCGCUGGCGUCGGCUCCGGCGACGCGUCUGGCGCCGUGCAGGAGACGGAGCCGACCUCGACGCGCUCCGGCUUCCGCUUCGGCAAGUUCUGCUCGACAAAGCUGCUGUGCGUCUUCUUCUCCGUGGUGAUCGGUCUGGGCUGUUCGGCCGUUGCUCUGUCUUCCUAUGGCUCUGCCGGCGUCUCAGAGCUCCUCGACGCGGUGUCCGUGCCCGACGCGGUCGCGAUCCCGGUGAGCAAUAGAACUGGAGCGCAACAUGGCUCCCAGCACGCCCUGACUCUCCGUCGCGCGCCGCCGCCGCUCUCGCCCUCGGAACCGUGCAGCCUCCAUAAUCUCACACCCACCCCUUGGCAAGCAAGCCUUGACAACUCGACAGUGAUUCAGCUGCGCCGCCGCAGCGAGGCCUUGUUCCUCGCUUCGAGAUCGCGGUCAUGGCCGCACUGGAUGGUCUGGCUGCACGUCCACAAAUCCGCCGGCACGACGUUCUGCAGCAUGGCACAGAUCGCAAUUGACGAUGUGGUGCUGGCUCCUGGCGCAGGAAACUGCAACCCUCAUCUCGCCGAGCCGCAGUUUGGGGCCCGCAGCUUGGAAGGGCAGACGCGCGCCCUCACUGGGCCGCUCUGCCACACCAACUUCUUCGCGAAUGAAUUCGAGGGCCUCCGUGGCCCUAUCCUACUCGGGCUGCCUCUGGUGUACGCGACUGCGUUUCGCCACCCCAUCUCGCGGCUCGUAAGCGGCUGGUCAUACUCGUGCCAGCGCCAGAGCGCGCACGGUGCGCCCUUCCCAUCCCUGGCCACGUACGUCAACACCUCUGGGUCCGGGCACGAAUUGCCUCUGAGGUACUUCACCGCAGAUUAUGGUGGUGGCCUGGUGUCUGCUGAAGGCCUGCGCAUUGCUCAACAAAGGCUCCACGCACUGUCAGCCAUCGUGAUAUUGGAGCAGCUGGACGCGACCAAGGGCAGCUUGGCCCGGCUCGGCUUGGACGUCUCAAUACCACUUCCCCCAAAAUACACAAGAUCGAAAGCCGACGAGCGAUGCAGGAAGCCAGGCACGCGUUUCUUUGGACUCGAGGACGAGACGAUCUACGAAGUGGCCAAAGCUCGCAACUACUUUUCGAUUGCUCUGUACAAGUAUGCCGUGAAUCUAGCAGCCGACCAAGCUUUUGAAUGGGGUGUCCUUUGA